GCCCCCGCUGCCCUCCGCCCUGUGGGUGCCGGGUCGGGAACGGGCGACCCUGGUGGGGGGCUCGGCUGUGAAGAUGGCGACAGGGAGGCGCGCCCCGCGAAGCGGGCUGCUGGAGCUGCGCGCGGGGGCCGGCGGAGAGCGCUGGCAGCGGGUGCUGGUCGCGCUGGCCGAGGACGCACUGACCGUGAGCCCCGCCGACGGCGAGCCCGGCCCGGAGCCCGAGCCCGCACAGCUCAACGGCGCCGCCGAGCCGGGCGCGGCGCCCCCGCAGCUGCCCGAGGCGCUGCUGCUCCAGCGGCGCCGCGUGACGGUGCGCAAGGCCGACGCUGGCGGGCUGGGCAUCAGCAUCAAAGGGGGCCGGGAGAACAAGAUGCCCAUUCUCAUUUCCAAGAUCUUCAAGGGACUGGCAGCUGACCAGACGGAAGCCCUCUUUGUGGGGGACGCUAUCCUGUCAGUGAACGGGGAAGACUUGUCCUCUGCCACCCAUGAUGAAGCCGUGCAGGCCCUGAAGAAGACAGGCAAGGAGGUGGUGCUGGAAGUCAAAUACAUGAAGGAGGUCUCGCCUUAUUUCAAGAAUUCUGCUGGUGGGACCUCGGUCGGCUGGGACUCACCUCCUGCCUCACCCCUUCAGCGGCAGCCUUCGUGCCCUGGCCCUCCAAACCAGAACCUCAGCGAGGCCAAACAUGUGCCCUUGAAGAUGGCCUAUGUCUCAAGGAGGUGCACCCCCACGGACCCGGAGCACAGGUAUCUGGAGAUCUGUUCUGCCGAUGGUCAAGAUACCCUCUUCCUGAGAGCCAAGGAUGAGGCUAGUGCCAGGUCGUGGGCUGGAGCCAUCCAAGCCCAGAUCAACGUUCUGCUGCCCUGGGUCAAGGACGAGCUCCAGGCCCUAAUGGCAGCUUCCAACCCAGCUGGGAGUCAGGACAUCAAGCAGAUUGGCUGGCUGACGGAGCAGCUGCCCAGUGGAGGUACAGCCCCAACCCUGGCACUACUGACUGAGAAGGAGUUGCUCCUCUACUGUGGUCUCCCCCAGACCUGCGAGGCCCUGAGUCGGCCAGCCCGUACUGCCCCGCUCAUCGCCACGAGGCUGGUACACUCGGGCCCCUCGAAGGGCUCUGUGACCUAUGACGCAGAAUUGUCUUUUGCCCUGCGCACGGGCACACGCCACGGGGUGGACACUCACCUGUUCAGCGUGGAGUCACCACAGGACCUGGCUGCCUGGACCCGCCAGUUGGUGGAUGGCUGUCACCGGGCUGCUGAGGGCGUGCAGGAGGUGUCUACAGCCUGUACGUGGAAUGGCCGUCCCUGCAAUCUCUCUGUGCAUAUCGACAAGGGCUUCACGCUGUGGGCGGCUGAGCCCGGUGCUGCCCGAGUUGUACUGCUCCGACAGCCCUUUGAGAAGCUGCAAAUGUCCUCUGACGAUGGUGCCAGUCUCCUUUUCCUGGACUUUGGUGGUGCUGAAGGCGAGAUUCAGCUGGACCUGCACUCAUGUCCCAAGACAAUGGUCUUCAUCAUCCACUCCUUCCUCUCGGCCAAAGUCACCCGUCUAGGGCUCUUGGCCUAGAAGUCGUCUGAUGUACUUGGCUCUGAAGAGGGGGCGUCCACCGUGUGGCUGACCUGCUCUGACUGCCCACCGCUGAGCUGAGGCAAACGAGAGGAGAGGAGCAAGGGCCUCAGAGUGCCGGCCCCUAGGGAACCUGGAGUGGCCUGGGGACUGAUCCCCUGGAUCCUGCCUGUGAUGGGGUGGCCUUGCUGCUGUCCACAAUCCCACACCAGUGCCUUCUGCAGAGAGAUAUUUUGUGUACAUAGAAGCCAUUCCGAGCCGGGGCCAGCCCCGUGGGGAUCCUGACCCCACACAACAGCUGAGCUGCCAGGCCUUCUGGAGGUCCCCGAGUCCCUCCCAGAGGCCCCACCCAAAGUUGGAGUCCCCCAGGGUCAGUGACAGGAGAAAGCAGAGGAACCUUUCUGGUCAUUACCUCCUCAGUCCUACCACCUUGGGGCAUCUGUUUUUUUCUCUGUCCUCUCUUCUGUUUAUUCUCCUGUUAAUAAACACCUGUGAGCACA